AUGGCAUCUGCGAAAAAUGCUCCUUCGGGUUGCGCUAUCAGCUUCGACUACUGCAACGAUGGUUCAGAUCGUGGUAACGGCUGCGAAUUUAUAUGCCCUAUUGGGAAUGGCGCUGCUGGUGGCUUGCCGUAUGAGGGCGUGUGUCAUAGGAACUCAGCCGCUAUAAUCGCUAAGACUGGUUCCCCCGCCUUGAACUCGCCCAGAAGUUCCGCUGAACUACGCCGGACGCACUCGACGCCUAACUUCAAAGCCAAUGUCUCCCUGCACACGGCCUCCAACACCCCGCUACCGCACUCCUCGCCCAGAAGUCCCGCUGAAGUGAUGGCAAGAGUCUUUGUUACCAAGGGAGGCGGCAAGAGUCUUUGUUACAAGGGGAGGCGGCAAGAGUCUUUGCUAUAG